GUGCCCCUCACUCCCGACCCGCAACCCCCCACUAGCCCAGCCCUGCCAGUGCCCCUCACUCCCACCCGUCCCGGUGGGGCUGGCCCCUGGUGGGGGGGCAGGGCGGGAAGGGGCGGUAUUUGCCAAGGGGGCGGGCGGGUCCCAGCCAGUCCCAGUCCGUGUCUGGCCGACAUGCCCCAGAGCCAGCUGCAGUGAGGGGGGAGCCGGGCUGCAGGACACCUCGCACUGGGGCAGCCCCAUAGCCGAGAGCAGGGGGGGCCAGAGGGGACCCUCCCAUCCCAAGACCUCCAGGCCCCCGGCAGGAUGGGGGCAAGGGUCCUGCGCUGCUUCUCCUGGGCCGGGCGCAGGAAACGCCGCAGGAAAGGGGGCCCCAGCCCCCCAGCUGCCCGCGCCCACCCCAUGGAGGGGCCCCCGGUUCCCCACGCCCGCCCCACGCCCUCCACCAGCAGCGAGCCGGACGGGGCCUUCUUCAGCGGGAAGGCACGAGUCUCCUUCCGCCACCAGCUGGACUCCGCCACCACGGCCCUCGACGCCACCGGCUGAUGGGGGGCCGCCCCACGGCGCCCGCCAGCCCCUCACGGCCUCGCCCCCGCCGGCUGACGGGGGGCCGCCCCACGGCACCCGCUAGCUUCCCACGGCAUCGACUCCACCGGCUGACGGGGGGCUGGGACCCACCCGAGUUGGCGCGUGGGAUUCCUCCCCCCCACUGAGGACGCUCGCCUGGGGGCGCUAUGGGGGUGGA